AUGGCCGCCGCUCCGCCCCAGCGACAGGCGGACGGAGCCCUCCGGGGUGCCGGCAGAAGCCUCGCGAGAAGCGGGGAAGGGGUGGGGAAGCGAGAGGCCCCCUCCAGUCCCCGCCCCGCGCCACCUGCCCCGCCGCACCGAAACCACCGGCCUGCCCGCGGCCAGCGCUCCGCAGCCGGGCCGGCGGCCACCCCGCCUUCCCUCGUAGCCCAGCGGCGAGGCUGGAGGCACCGGCUCCCGCCCGGGUUGCAGCAGGCGGUGCCCCGCGGGGGUGCCCGAGGGGACAGGCAGCAGCAGGCAGCGGGGCGUUUUCUGCCUGCGGCGGGCUGCAGCCAAGUUAGUGGAGAUACGAGAACGGUCACGGACCUGAAUCCGGGCAGUUUAAGCCAAAAUGUUUGGGAAGGCCUCCCCGCAGAGGGCUUCAUUAGCAUAUGUCAGGGGGACCGCCGUAUAUAUAUAUACACACGCGGGGCGUAUAAACACCACCCCGCCGCCUGGCUCACACCGGCACGGAUGGCUAGGCUCGGCUCAGCACGGCUCGGCCCUGCCGGCUCCCCAUGCUUGGGGCCCCGCCGCGCACCCCCACAUGCCCGCCGGGAGAGGCCGGCAGCCGCUCUCCGCCGCCGCGCCCUAGCCCGCUCGCCCCGCGCCCCCAUGGCUCCGCUGGCCGAGGUGGGGGGCUUCCUGGGCGGCCUGGACGGCCUGGGGCAGCCGGUGGGCGCCCACUUCCUGCUGCCGCCCGCCGGGGAGCGCCCGGCGCUGCUCGGGGACCGCCGGGCUCCGGCGGAGCGGACGGCCCGCAGCGGCGGCGCGGCGGCGGCGGCAGCGGCGGCAGCGGCGGACCUGGCGCACUUGCAGGGCAUCCUGCGGCGGCGGCAGCUGUACUGCCGCACCGGCUUCCACCUGCAGAUCCUGCCCGACGGCAGCGUGCGCGGCACCCGCCAGGACCACAGCCUCUUCGGUAUCCUUGAAUUCAUCAGUGUGGCAGUGGGACUGGUCAGUAUUAGAGGUGUGGACAGUGGCCUUUACCUUGGAAUGAAUGAGAAGGGAGAACUCUAUGGCUCUGAGAAACUAACUUCUGAAUGCAUCUUCAGGGAACAGUUUGAGGAAAACUGGUACAACACCUACUCGUCCAAUGUGUACAAACAUGGAGAUUCGGGGCGGCGAUACUUCGUAGCACUUAACAAAGACGGUACUCCCAGAGAUGGGGCAAGGUCCAAAAGACACCAGAAAUUCACACAUUUCUUGCCCCGGCCCGUGGAUCCUGAAAGAGUUCCAGAACUGUACAAAGACGUGUUAGGAUACAGCUGA